AUGCAGGAUUUUCAGCAUGAGUACAAGAUUGAGAAUCAAUACAAACAAGGAUGUCGGGUGAUGGAAUUGGUCUUCCAACUGUUCCCAGAGGAGUUCUUGUUCUUUGGAUUCAGUGAGCAAGAUGGCACCUACAUGUUUGUGCAUGAUAUUACAAAGUUUGAACCAAAAAAGCUGACGACAGCGAAAUUACAAGAGGAUUGGUUGACCGCGAUGUACUACUCCCAUAUCCUCUUCUUUCCAGAUUUUGAAUCCAUCCGCAAAGGGAUCAUUUGUGUUGCAGAAUGUGAGAAAAUGGACUUGAGAAGAGAUGUUAGCAAGCUUUUUGGCAGAUUCUUUUCAGAGUUUCUGACCCACUAUCCUUUUGAUGGGGAAUGCAGACAUUUCAACACGGGAACCAUGAUGAACAUCUGUGCUUCCAUUCUGAGGAAGAUCCUUCCAGAAAAACUUCGAAAAAGUUUCAAAGUGGGUUACCAAAUGGAGGGCCAUCUUUCCGAAACAUUUCUUGUGCCCACUUUGGAACAAGCCAAUGCGAGGAUGCUGCGCAGAAUGAUGGAGAGCUUGGAGCUGCGGUACACGCAUGAAGCAUCGUUUUCAUUGUAA